UACGUCCUUGUUUUGUUUGUGCACAUAGUUCAGGCUCGUGCCUCAGAAACUCCGUGUGGACUGGGGAAUGGUUACGUAUAUUAUAAAGAAGAAGAAGCUUUGGAAAAUCGCCUAAUGUAAAAUUAAUAAAAAAUGAACGCAGUACUAGCAUCUAUAAUGUUCACUCUGUUUCUGGAAUCAUGAAGGAGUAUUAAAAUAAAUAAAUAAAUAAAUAAAAUCCACAGAACCAGGUCGAGAAGAUGCAGAGAACAAACACGCAGAGAAUCCAGGAGAAACAGAAAACAAUAGAGGAGCUGAAACAGGUUGUGAACACACUGAAGCACUCUGCUCAGACAGCAGUGGAGCACAGUGAGAAGAUCUUCACUGAGCUCAUCCUGUCUAUCAAUAAAAGACAGCAUGAGGUGACACAGCUGAUCAGAGAUCAGGAGAGGACUGAAGUGAGUCGAGCUGAAGGACUCCUGGAGCAGCUGGAGCAGGAGAUUGCUGACCUCCAGACAGACACAGAGCUGGAUCAACAUCCACACACAGAGCAACAUUUUCCUUUUAAGAAACUCUCCGAUUCUUCUGAAUAUGAUCAGUCAUCCAGUAUGACUGUUAAUCAUAUUCUGUUUGAUGGACUGAGGAAAUCUCUCUCUGAUUUAAAACAACAUUUUGAAGAUUUUUGUCAGGAGGAGAUCAGUAAUAUCAUCUCUGAUGUGGUAAGAAUUCAGAUUUUACCAUUAACCAGAAUCAGGAAUCACUUUAAACAAUAUUUUUGUAGCUUUACCCUUGAUCCCAACACAGCAGUUGAAGACCUCAUCCUCUCUGAGAACAACAGACAGAUGACAUCCUCUGGGCAUUUAGGGAUUUAUAAGUUCCCCUACAAGGUGUUUUGCAAGGAGAGUGUGUUUGGACGCUGCUAUUGGGAGGUGGAGUGGAGCGGGAGAUGUGUGCAUAUAUCAGUCUCAUAUAAAGAAACGAGUGGCAGAGGAAAGGGAUUAGUUGGAACGUUCGGAAACAACAACACAUCUUGGAGUCUGCAGUGUUUUCCCAAGCCUGUUUUCUGGCAUAAGAGCAUUAAAACAGAGAUCUCAAGACCUCUGUCCUCUAGGGUGGGUGUGUUUGUGGACUACAGUGCAGGGACUCUGUCUUUCUACAGUGUCUCUGAAACAGUGACCCUCUUACACCGCGUCCAGACCACAUUCACUCAACCCCUGUAUCCUGGGUUUUGGUUCAGCGCAUCAGGUUCUGGAGAUCUGCUUAAUCUAGACAACUCAAACACCAGUGUGUUCUCCUCAGUGAAACUGUGUGAUCCAUAAACAAGUUUUGUGUUCCCCUUAAUUAAAUGCAGCAUUCCGUAUAUAUAAAUAUUAACAUACACAAUUUAACACAUAUAUAAA